AUGAGGAAAAAGAAACGAGAAGAUGAGCCCGAAGUUGCAAUUGAUGGUAACCAAGAGCAAUUUAUGGCUGAAGGCGAGAACUUCACGUUGAUCUGUCAGUAUAACGCUUCACCGCCUGUUUCUGAGGUGCAGUGGAUAAAAGAUGGAAAUGUGAUUACCAUAAAUGCCACUGUGACCAACAAUGGAUCAAGAGUGACUAACAUCUUUUAUAAUGAAAGUCUAUCACAGCUUUCAACCGCCUCAGCUUCUUCACAGGAUUCUGGAAAUUACAGCUGCAAUGUUACAAAUAAUGUAAAUGGUACAACAGAUUCGACUUUGGUUGUCAUUCAAGAGAAGCCCUCCACCAAAUUGCAGCCAGAAACUCUUACUGUCAAAGAGGGAGAAAAUGUCACGUUAUUUUGUAACUCUUCUGGAAGCUCUCUAACGAUAACGUGGAAAUUCAACGGAUCUGAUGUAACCACCUCAGGGGAUUCAAGGAUUAGUUUUUCAGAUGGCAAUCGACAUUUGAUUAUAACGAACGUGAGCAGGGUAAACAAAGGGGAAUACAAAUGUGUGGCGAGCAACGAGGUUGGAAAUGAUACGUCUAAUACUACCUUUCUGCUGGUUGAAUUUGCACCAGAAGUCACAAUCGAUGGAGAUCAAAAACGGUAUUUAGCCAACGGCACUGAUUUACUGCUGACAUGCCAAUUCAACGCCUUGCCUACUGUUUCUGAGGUGCAGUGGGUAAAAGAUGGGAUUGUUAUUGCAUCAACCCUUAUUACGCCUUCGAAUGGGUCACGUGUCACUAUUUCACAUCAUAAUGAAAGCCAAACUCAGUUGUCGAUCAUCGCAGUUUCCUUGGAAGAUGCUGGAAAUUACACCUGCAAUGUCACAAAUAAUGUUGGUAGUUCCUCCUCAAAUUGGACGUCGAUUGUCAUUCAAGUGACACCAUCUAUAGAGCAGGACCCAAAAGCCAGUCCGGUCAAAGAGAGAGAAAACUUGACUCUAUUUUGCAACGCUUCUGGGAGCUCUUUGAGGAUAUCAUGGGAAAAAAAUGGAUCUGGUAUAAAUCCCAGUGAAGAUUCGAGAAUCCUUUUGUCAAGAGACAACGUACAGCUGACAAUAGUUAAUGUGAGCAGGAAAGACAACGGAGCCUACCAGUGUGUGGCAAGCAACGAGGUUGGAGGUGCUACCUCCAAUGCUGCCAUAGUAAAUGUUCAAUUUGGGCCUGAAAUCUCCGAACCUCCAAUUGAUACCACGAAAAUAGAAGGACAAACUGUUGUAUUAAGUUGCUUGGUGGCUGGAUACCCUACGCCUGCUGUUGCUUGGACAAAGAAUGAUGUCGAAUUGAAUUCAAUAGCAAAUUUACGAUUGAGUGUCUCUUCCAAGAACGGAAAUCACACUUUGAAAAUAACAGAUGUUCAAAAAUCGGAUGCAGGACAAUACAGAUGUGUCGCUAAUAACAGUUUGCAGACCUCUGAGUCAUUUCCUUCGACUCUUACAGUGCAAUUUGCACCAGAGGUGACAAUUGACGGAGAUCAAAUACAUUAUGUAGCCAACAGCACAGAUUUACAGCUCACAUGCAGGUUUAACGCCUUGCCUCCCGCGUCUGAAGUGCAGUGGCUAAAUAAUGGGAAUGUGAUUGCAUCAACCCUCAGCGUUCCCUCAAAUGGGUCAAGAGCGACUAUUUCACAUCAUAAUGAAAGCCAAGCUCAGUUGUUGAUCACCACAGUUUCCUUAGAAGAUGCUGGAAAUUAUACUUGUAAUGUCACUAAUGUUGUUGGUAGUUCCUCGAAUUGGACAUUGAUUAUUGUUCAAGUGACGCCUGCUAUCGAGACGCACCCACAAGCUGAUCCGGUCAAAGAAGGAGAGAACUUGACUUUCUUUUGCAACGCUACUGGAAGCUCUUUGACAAUAUCAUGGACGAAAAAUAGAUCUUCUAUAAAUCCAAAUGAAGACGUACGGAUCCGUUUGUCAACAGACAAAGAGCAUUUGACAAUAAGGAAUGUGAGCAGGAAAGACAACGGAGCAUACCGGUGUGUGGCGAGCAACAAGGUUGGAAAUGCUACCUCCAACGCUGCCAUAGUGACUGUCCGAUUUGCCCCUGAAAUCUCCCAAUCUCCAAGGGAUACCACGGAAGUGGAAGGACAAACUGCUGUGUUCAAUUGCGUAGUAGCAGGGUACCCUACACCCGAUGUUGCUUGGGGAAAAAAUGGAGUGGAAUUGAAUGUGGCUGAAUAUGCGCGACUUAGAGUCUCUUCCAAUGAUGGAAACCACCGAUUGAUCAUAUCAAAUGUUCAACAAUCGGAUGCAGGACAAUACAAAUGUGUUGCUAAUAACAGUUUGGAUACUGUGACUUCAUCUUCAGCAACCCUAACAGUACAUUUUGAUCCAGAAGUUACAAUUGAUGGUGAUAAAGAGAAGAUUGUGGCUAAGGGCGACGAUAUCAAGGUAACAUGUCGGCACAAGGCCCUACCGCCUGUGACUGAGGUGCAAUGGAUAAAAGAUGGAGAGGUGAUUUCAACAAACUCCACGAAAGUGAUCAACAACUCCCGAUUGAAUAUUCUGCACUUCAAUGAAAGCCUCAUACAGUUGUCGAUCACCACAGCUAUCGUGGCUGAUAGUGGGAAUUACACUUGCAAUGUCACAAAUAUGGUUAACAGUUCAUCAGACUCGACAUCUAUCAUUGUCGAAGUAAAGCCUUCCAUCCUUACUCAGCCAAAAAGUGCUGCCCCUGAAGAAGGAGACACCGUCAAGUUGUAUUGCAACGCUACAGGAAGCCCUAUCCUGCACAUAUCCUGGACGUUUGAUGGAUCUGUCAUAACAGCAGACGAGAACUCCAGGAUCAUUUUGUCCAACGACUCUCAAGAAUUGACAAUAACAAAUGUGAAAAGAGGAGACAGUGGAGAUUACCGAUGUUUAGUGAAAAAUAGGGUUGGAAAUGACACUUCUGGCCGCUCUGUGAUAAACGUGCUUUAUCGGCCUGAAAUUAUUACGCAUCCUAAGAACUUUACAAUAGAAGAAGGACUCCCCAUGACCUUAUUUUGUAACGCGACCGGAAAUCCACCACCAACACUAUCAUGGACCAAAGAUGGAUCUCCUUUAAAUGACACCCAAGGGAUAACUUUUUCAGGAGACAACAAGACACUGUCUAUAGCGAGUAUUAACAGAUCGGAAAGCGGAAAUUACAGAUGUGUUGCCAAGAACGGCCUUGGACAUGAUCUCUCAAAUCCUGCUAAAGUCGACGUACAGUUUGCCCAGGACCGAAAGUUGAAUGUACGCGCCCAGUAUUCGUAA